AUGUCAGCAGUUCCUGUCUUCAACCUCGCUCCCAAUCUCACCGUUUCAAGGCUCUGCUUAGGAACCAUGACUUUCGGGGAGCAGAACACGCUGGGCGAGUCGUUUCACCUUCUCGACCAGGCCUUCCAUGCCGGCAUCAACUUCUUCGACUCUGCCGAAAUGUAUCCCGUGCCUCAGCGCCCUCGCACGUGCGGAAGAAGCGAGGAGUAUCUCGGCCGUUGGAUUGCAUACCGGAAAAUCCCUAGGGAUAGCCUCGUAAUUGCCACCAAGGUUGCUGGACCAUCAGGGCAAAUGACUUGGAUUAGAGGUGGUCCUAAAUGUUUGGAUGCCGCCAAUAUUAUUGAAGCCAUUGAUAAUAGCUUGUUGCGGAUGCAAAUGGAUUAUAUUGAUCUUUAUCAAAUUCAUUGGCCUGAUCGCUAUGUUCCAAUGUUUGGAGAAACUGAGUAUGACCCAGUCCGACAAUAUGCUUCGGUUAGUAUAGAUGAGCAACUUGAAGCUCUCAGCACAGCUGUGAAUGCUGGGAAGAUCAGAUACAUUGGUCUUAGUAAUGAAACACCUUAUGGCCUGAUGAAGUUUAUUCAGGUUGCUGAAAAAUACGGUUCACACCUGAAGAUAGUAUCUCUGCAGAAUUCAUAUAGCCUUCUAUGUAGAACUUUUGAUUCGGCAAUGGCUGAAUGCUGCCAUCAGGAGAGUAUUAGCCUGUUGGCCUACAGUCCCCUGGCAAUGGGUAUACUUUCAGGGAAAUAUUUUUCCCCAGACGGUGGUCCAACAGAUGCCCGUUUAAAUCUUUUUAGAGGGAAGUAUUCAGAAGGAGAAUCUAGAUACAACUUGUCCAAUAAAAUUAUAAAGGCAGCUACUAUGGAAUACCUUGAUACUGCAAAAACUUAUGGUCUUCAUCCCGUAUCUCUGGCUAUAGCCUUUGUUUUGCGACACCCACUUGUUGCUAGUAUUGUUUUUGGGGCUACCAAAUCAUGGCAACUCCAGGAGGUUCUAAAUGCAUGCAAGAUCGAGCUCACACCUGAAGUAAUUGAUGAAAUUAACAAGAUACAUUCAAGGUUUCCAAAUCCAUGCCCAUAA